GACCUCAGCCCUCCAACUCCCGAUAACCAGCCGACCUCCUCCAACCGUGCGGAAGAAAAGGGUUGGCUAUUUCCGUGGCCCAAGUAAUAGUCAGGCCGAAAUCUCGCGAUACAACUUAGCUUCCGGGAAGAAGGCGAGCGGUGGGAGGAGACGCGACGUGGGGGCGCCAUUUUUCUCGCCGCGCAGGGAGGACUGACUAACGUGGGCGGAGCUCUAGCUCGCGUAUUCUGAGGAGGCGGGGUUGGCCUAGGCGAAGAUCCGGACUCUGGUGUUUUGCUACCGUGACCGUUUAGAAACUGUUCAUACUUGGUGCGCUGUGGACUCUUGUGAUAAUUAACCAAGAGUAGCUCUAUUUGUCCAACCUCACACCUAAAGAAGAAAGAAAAUGGCUUGUGCUGAGUUUUCUUUUCAUGUACCAAGUCUUGAAGAGCUUGCUGGAGUUAUGCAGAAGGGGUUAAAAGAUAACUUUGCUGAUGUCCAGGUCUCUGUAGUUGAUUGCCCUGAUUUGACUAAGGAACCCUUUACCUUUCCUGUAAAAGGCAUCUGUGGGAAAACUAGAAUUGCAGAAGUUGGAGGUGUGCCUUACUUAUUGCCUCUUGUAAACCAAAAAAAAGUUUAUGAUCUGAAUAAAAUUGCAAAAGAAAUCAAGCUGCCUGGAGCCUUUAUUCUUGGAGCAGGAGCAGGUCCAUUUCAGACUCUCGGGUUCAAUUCUGAGUUUAUGCCAGUUAUUCAGACAGAAAGUGAACACAAGCCUCCUGUAAAUGGAAGUUACUUUGCCCAUGUGAACCCUGCAGAUGGAGGGUGCCUACUGGAGAAAUACAGUGAGAAAUGUCAUGAUUUUCAGUGUGCAUUACUGGCUAAUCUUUUUGCCAGUGAAGGCCAACCUGGCAAGGUAAUUGAGGUGAAAGCCAAAAGAAGAACUGGACCACUUAACUUUGUGACUUGUAUGAGACAGACCCUGGAAAAACAUUAUGGAAAUAAGCCUAUAGGAAUGGGAGGUACUUUCAUAAUUCAGAAGGGAAAAGUGAAGUCUCACAUUAUGCCUGCAGAAUUUUCUUCCUGCCCCUUGAACUCUGAUGAAGAAGUGAAUAAAUGGUUGCAUUUUUAUGAAAUGAAAGCUCCUUUGGUUUGUCUACCAGUUUUUGUCUCCAGAGACCCAGGGUUUGAUUUGCGACUGGAGCACACUCAUUUUUUUAGUCGUCAUGGAGAAGGUGGACACUACCAUUAUGACACUACUCCAGAUAUAGUGGAAUAUCUUGGAUACUUCUUACCUGCAGAGUUUCUCUAUCGCAUUGAUCAACCAAAAGAGACUCAUUCAAUUGGGCGAGAUUAAAUCAGCUGAUACUUAUUUAGAAAAAGAAAUAAUUAAGGUUAAUUAAUUGAUUGACUUAUUAAUUAAUACUGAUAUAAAACCAAUAGAAAUGAUCCCACAGGCCAGGCACAAUGGCUCAUGCCUAUAAUCCCAGCACUUUGGGAGGCUGAGGCAGGAAGCACACUGGAGCCCAGGAGUUUGAGACCAGCUUGGGCAACAUAGCAAGACCCUGUCUAUUUUUUUAAAAAAGUAAAAAAUAGAAAUUACCUCACUACUUAAAUCCCAUUUUUUUCACUUCAUAUGAAAGAAUAUAUUGAUAGUAUAUUCUAUAUUAUUUCAUAGAUCUGUCUGAAAGAGAUUGGGAACAAAAAUAUCUAAUUGAGAUAUUCUUUAAUUUUUUACAUAGCAGCUUUAUUUUUUUUAUUCUAUAGUGUCAGCAAAAUCAGUCAUGUUUAUACCUUGAAUAUAAAUAUCAGGAAUCAUGCAAUUAUUUCUACUAUGUAUUUAGUAGUAUAUUUGUAUAACAUUAUUACAUUUUGCAAAUUAGUAUCACAACUGCUAGGUAGAUGUUUCUAAGUAUUAGAAAAAUCAGUGUUAUUACCUGCAGGAUAUUAAAAAACAUUUGAAAAAGAGAAAAAGAAAAAUCAGUGUUUAGAAAUGUUGAUAGUUAUUGAAUCUUUGAAUUGAAUUUUAAAAAUCCAUUCUAGUAAUCAGAGUAUACCUUUUUUAUAGAACAAGGUGGCAGGUGGGGAGCCCUUUACCCUUCUGGUGAAGUUAAACCAUAGAAGUUUACAAUUUGCCUUUCACAAACAUUAGCAGUCCGGGCAUGGUGGCUGAAGCCUGUGAUCCCAGCAUGUUGGGAGGCCGAGUGGGAGGAUUGCCUGAGCCUAGGAGUUUAAGACCAGCCUGGGCACCAUGGUGAGACCCCACCUCUAUUAUUUAAAAUGUUUCUUAAAUAAAAAAAACACAAACAUUAGCAACUAGUUGGCUAGCCAUAAUUCCUCCCUUGUUUCGAUUGCCAGUUAGAAGCAAUUUUUAUUUCACUGGUUAUUUGCAAGAGAAGGGGUAAAAAAACAGCAUCAGAGUGCAACAUUGAAGUGAGCUUACUUUAAUUUGUAAGUGAAGCUGUUGCUGAACAUGACCACUAUCGUUGCUGAAAUAUAAAAUUAUACUCACUGAUUGUAAUGGUUGAAAUUUUCCUGAAUAAUCAUUAGCCAAAGAUCAACUCUCUAAUGGUGCUAAUGGCAAUCUAGCUAAUGUGCAAAUUUAGGAAGUCUUCAGUACUAAGUACAUAAUUUUCAAAUAAUAUUUUUAAUUGUCUACUUUGGAUGUUAGCUAUGUCUUGUGAGUAUAAAUUCCUAUUUUAAGCACUAUUUUGAUGCAAAAAAAGAAUAAAAAAUUUAAUUUA